GAUGCUAAAAGAACCACGUGACCUUGUGCCAUUCCAUCCGACUGUUCCUCUGGGUUAUUGUUUCAGUUUGUUUGUUUUAUUGUUUUCUUUUCCACAAGACUGUGAUCCAGAACAUCUUUAGCUCAUCUUCUGUUCUAAACACCUCUCUUCGUAUUCGAUUUCAUAAAGUUUUGGAUUUGGUUUUAUUGAUAUCGUUGAAGAUUCUGCUUACUGAAUAAUUAAAAGAAAAGAAAAUGACAACUUUUUCGAUGAAUGUAAUAGCUCAAACGCUAUCGCAACAUGCGGAAAUGAUAGCACCAGGAGUUAUGGGGAUAAAUUUCAUGAAACCGGAAAAACCCAUUAAUACAAUGUCUGAAGUGUAUAAGUUAGUUCAAGAAGAAGAGCAAAAUAGAGGAGCUAAAUCUCCAACAAUGUGCUCCUCUCCUCCAAUAUUUAAGCCUAAGAUACCGCCAAGUAUUCCUUCUAAACCUAAAACUGCACCUCCAGCACCGGCACCGGCACCUGCCCCAGUUGCACCGGCUCCACUAAGACAAGCUCCACCUCCACCAUCUUCCAUACCCGAGGGACCUUCUCAAGGACCGUGCUCUGAUUGUGGGAGAACAAUUGUAGGACCAUUCGUAAAUCUGACGGACAAGAUACUCCACGAAGACUGUUUUAGAUGUAGUACAUGUGGGACGACUCUUAAAAAUACUGGAUUUCAUAAUAUCCAGAACAAAUUAUACUGCGAUACUCAUGCAAUACUUGCUGCCCGAGUAAUAGCAGGCCAGGCUUCAACACCAGGGCCAGCUCCAGCUGCGUUUGCGCCAUCAGCACCAGCGCCGCAAUCAGUGCCAACUCCAGUAGCUCCCCCGAAGCCGGUUGAAUUGCCGCAAUCAGCUCCACUUGCUCCUUUACCAUCAGUGGCUCCAUCGCUUCCAGUUUCAUCCAUUCCUCUGUCAGUCCCAACUCCAUUUGGACAGCAUUUAACAAAUUUGCCUCAAUCCCCAAGCUCCUCUGGAGGAUUAGCAUUUAGAAGCAUUUCUCCUCAGCCAUUUAAAAGGAUAUCUGGUGAGUACCAUCGUGUACCAGCGCCUUCAAGUCCGACACCCGGAGCGGCUCCAUCGGCUCCACUAGCGUAUUCAUCUGGACCCCUACCAUUCGAAUCAAAACCUUAUAUGCCACCAGAGCAGUCUCUAUCUUCAAUCUUUUCAUCUAUGUCUGAUUCUAAAAUAAUGGAAAUGUCUCAAACGUCUGAAAUGUCCCAAACUAUUCAAAAAACAACUCAAAUCUCCCAAAAAGUGAUGACUCAAUCAUCUCAAUCAAGUUACAACGUAGACUACAGACAAAUUGGAGGAGGUUUAUCAAAAACUAAAUUUGUAUGGCCACCGAAACCCCAGUUCGAAUUAGAUGGAAGUGUUGUAUCCGACCCCUCACCAACACCUGCACAAAAUUACUCACCUUUAGUGACGCAGUCAACACCUGAUACCACAAGUCUUCCAGCUUACAGACCUGUCCAACCUCCAGCUUCUUCAGAAGCUCCAGCUUCAACCGGAUCUUCUUUCUGUGUACCUCCAUUGCCAACAACAUUUGCUGCCCAGCCCGUGACAGUGGAUGAAAUUCCAGCUCCAGUGAAAGCCGUGGAGCCACAGGCUGAUCACGUUCAAAUGCAACAACCAGAGCCCCCGAAAGUAUCAGCACCUUUAACCUCUGGACCGCAGGCUCAAAACUUUUCUCCAGCAUUGCCACCGAUUGUGGAUUUGAAGCCAACAGCAGCUCCUCUUCAGCCCGGAGUUCCAACUGGAGCUGGAUCUAAGCCAGCUCCCAAGAAAGGUCGUGGGCAGCUGAUGAAUGAACAAAUCCCUGGAAGGAUUCCCAUCUGCGGCGACUGUGGGGAACCGAUUAGAGGACCAUUUAUAAUUGCACUGAACAGGACAUGGUGCCCAGACCAUUUCCAUUGCAAUAACCUUCACUGCAAAACGCAGCUUAUCGAAGUUGGUUUUGUGGAAGAACAAGGCCAGUUGUAUUGUGAGAAUUGCUAUGAAGCUUUCUUGGCACCUAUUUGUAAUAAAUGCAAUGUCAGAAUUAAGGGGGAUUGCCUCAAUGCUUUGGAUAGACAAUGGCAUCCGGAGUGUUUUAUUUGCGCUUAUUGCAAAAAACCAUUUGGAAAUAACUCGUUUUACUUGGAAGACGGGUUGCCAUACUGUGAGAAAGAUUGGAACGAGCUGUUCACAACUAAAUGCGUGGGCUGUGGAUUUCCCAUAGAAGCUGGUGAUCGUUGGGUUGAAGCUCUGAACAACAACUAUCAUUCUCAGUGUUUCAAGUGCAGUGUUUGUCAGAAGAACUUAGAGGGCCAAAGUUUCUAUGCCAAAGGGGGAAAACCAUUUUGCAAAGCACAUGCUCGAUAGAUAUGAAAUGAAGUGAAGAAAACAUUAUUCUGUCAAAGAAAUAGUUUCGAUGACAGAAAAACUUAACAUUUAAAAUCAUGAACAACUUUUGUGUCAAGUAUUGUGUGCCAAAAAUAGUUUAUAUCUAUAGUUUGUUAAAAUAAGUUUGAAACCUUAAAUUAAUAAAAACAUGUGAGAUCUGACCUGCCGUUAAUAUAUAAGUUGCAGUUGAAUUGAAUGAUAUAAUUCUUGGCAAAUAGCUGCCGUUAUUUUGUAUUGAACUAAUUGAAAAUUGAAGGGCUGAUUGAAAAAGUUUUCAGUAAUUUCUAAUCAAUCUGAUACUUCAGAGGUUUACUGCAGUGAGCCCAUGUACUAUUAGGCUAGUUACAAAAUGUUACCUUAUUAAAAACUUAUAGCUUGAGCUUAAGCAAACUCAGUCUGGUUGAGGUAUCACGUAAUUAUCAACUACUUUAAAAGUUACAGCCUGAUUGGAAUUAAUUUGAAAAGAAUAUCAGACAUGUUGAAAAAUACUGUAGACUUUUCCAAAAAGCCUCAUCACAAAAUGCUGGAGACAUUUGUCUACUACUUAUAUAUUUUUAAGCUCAUUAUUUUAUUCACUGGUAAUUACUUUAUUAAAUAAUAUUGAAUUAUUCUUAAUUUUUGUACUUAAAUGUUUUAUUUAUAAUACUCAUUACAUAUUAUAUCCAAAACUGCUUAAAAGUAAUAUUUAAAUCAAAACAGUUUUAUACAUAUAUGGUUUUAGUAUACUUUCAUAAUUGUUGAAAACUUUAAAGACAUUAAUCGCCUUUCACUUAGUUUUAUGUUAUUUAAGCGAACUUUAACAUGUUUUAUGGCAACUGUGAAGUUUUUAUGUACUCUGUAGUAUUCAAGACAAGUCUAAUAAAAUUUUGAAUAUGAAAGUGUCAA